AGGUCAGGUGGUUCAUGGACUGACGUCACAUUUUUGAUAAAUUGAGAAAAAGCAUUAAGGGAAAUUGGUCAUAUUCAUUCCUGUUCAUCUUCCUUCCGUCACUCGUGUUUACGGGUACUUAACUUGGUGUGACACAAAAGCGCCUUCAAACUCACACUGUGCAGCCUGGAAGGUAGGAGAAUCGUUCGGAGAUUUCUGGUGCUGAGCGCCUCAGCACUGACAGCUUCCGUGGAUCUGCAACAAAAAGCGACACAGCAAGCCGCGCCAGUGAUACACUUCAAAUCAACGCAUUAUUAUUCCGUGGACGAUGGAAAGCGGUGGCAACACUUCGGACAUUCCGUACCACUUCUCACAUUUGGCCAUGAUGAACAAUAGUGUUUUUUGUCGGAACUUCAGCGAUAACGUGAGUAUAGAUGCCAAAUGUGAGAGAACAGACAACCUAGCCAAAGACUCGACACCAGUGAUCGUCGCGAUUAUAAUCACGACUCUUUACUCUAUCGUGUGUGUGCUUGGUCUGGUGGGGAACGUGCUCGUCAUGUAUGUCAUUAUCAGAUACACUAAAAUGAAAACCGCCACAAAUAUCUACAUCUUCAACCUGGCCUUGGCUGAUGCACUAGCCACCAGUACACUGCCCUUCCAGAGUGUCAACUUCCUGAUGGGGACUUGGCCAUUUGGAGACGUUCUGUGCAAGAUAGUGAUAUCCAUCGACUACUACAACAUGUUCACCAGUAUCUUCACAUUGACCACCAUGAGUAUUGACCGUUACAUUGCAGUGUGCCACCCUGUCAAGGCCUUAGACUUCCGCACGCCCCGUAAUGCAAAGAUUGUCAACGUGUGCAACUGGAUCCUGUCCUCUGCCAUCGGUCUGCCUGUCAUGUUCACCGCCUUAACUACUGUAACCGAUAAUGGAAUCAUCGACUGCACUUUGAUCUUCCCACACCCGUCCUGGUACUGGGAGAAUCUCCUGAAAAUCUGCGUCUUCAUCUUUGCCUUCAUCAUCCCGGUCCUCAUCAUUACCGUAUGCUACGGGCUAAUGAUCUUGCGCCUGAAGAGCGUGCGCAUGUUGUCCGGCUCCAAGGAGAAGGACCGCAACCUGCGGCGCAUCACCCGCAUGGUCCUGGUGGUGGUGGCCGUCUUCAUCAUCUGCUGGACGCCCAUCCACAUCUACGUCAUCAUCAAAGCCCUGAUCAACAUCCCCAACUCCCUGCUGCAGUCCGUCACCUGGCACUUCUGCAUCGCUCUGGGCUACACCAACAGCUGCCUGAAUCCUGUCCUCUAUGCCUUCCUGGAUGAGAACUUCAAGCGCUGCUUCCGCGAGUUCUGCAUCCCCUUGAGUCCCUCUGUGCUGGAGCUGCAGAAUUCUUCUCGUACCCGCCCCCACCAGCAGCACCAGUGCGAGCAGCACUCCAGCGCCAACAGGGUGGAGAGGUCCAAUCAACCGGUAUGACUAGGUAUGGAGAUGUUGUCUUUGGACUCACGCUACCAGCCAAACGAUGACAUGAGCUCGGAAGUCACCCAGGUAACCACAGUGCUCUGACACAAAGCUCUGACACAUGAUGCGCCAAGAUACUGAAGUGCAACGUAACACAAGCAUCGAUCGUACUGUCGCCUCUUUCUGGAGGCUGACGAGUAUUUGAAUGCAGAAUGACACUCCGCAUAAGGCUUUCUGUCAGGUAGCAUUAUUAAAAUGUUGAACUUUAGGCAGAACACUGAAAUGAAGAAACAUCAACUAUUAUGUACACAGUAUCUUUGUAGACUGGUAUAUUGAACAUACUGUAAUAGGAUAAUGUUCUGUGGUCAACAACAUUCACAAUUAGAAAAUCUUCAUUGAGAGUACUUAAUUCAAGAUGCUAAUAGAAGAAGAUUGUUAUUUAAGGGUCAAGCGGCGAUUCAAAAAAACAAAGCGGCCACCCCACCACUUGUUUUGGUAAACAGCUGAGAGAUGGGGCUGGAGGAAUGUAACCACUGUCAAAUUGAUAGACAGAGCUAUGGAUGCAAGAACUGACCAUUCAUGAGAUCAAAAUGAUCAGUUUGUUUGUUUACAAUUACAUUAUUGUUUGCUUCCAGAGUCAAUGGCUUUAUAUUAUUAAUGUUAAAGUCAGAAAAUGGAUGUAGCCUACCAAUCUGCUUUACAUCUACUGUAUGUAUAGCAGCUUUUAUAUACUGUAUGUUCUGUACUAAAUUGUUAUUUAUUAUAUGUGUAUAUGAUGUGCACGUGGUUUGGGAACUAUCAAAUGAAUGAAUUAUAUUGUAUUUCCGUGUCAAAUCGCCAGUUACUGACGCAUAAACAAACAUUACAAUGAUUCACAGUGAUUAUUCAGUGAUAAUUCUUCCAGUGUUCUGUGCAGUGUGCACCGCAUAAAGAAUGAACAAGAAAUCAAUACAUAGUAGUAGAUAAGGUUAUUCAAGCAAUAAUAAUAACAUCCCUAGAGCUGUAAAAAAGAAUACAAAUGAAUUACAAAAGAAAUACAGCAAAAUGAAAUGGAUGGCGUUUAAACCCGGUCUGGCACAAAUCAAAUCAAAUUGUAUUUGUCACAUGCACCGAAUACAACAGGUGUAGACCUUACUGUGAAAUGCUUACUUACAAGCCCUUCUAGUAUAAGUGAUCUACACAAUCUAUAUACAUAUGUGCACUUUGAAUUUCAUUCUGUCACACUUUUUCUUUUAUUCCAGGCUUUAUAAAAAAAAUUCUGCAAACAGAAAUACACAAUGGACAAAAAACGUUUUCAGUUUCUCUUCAUCGCUCAGCCACAUAAUGCCAGGGUAGAUCUGGUGGAAUUUCUGAAAGCGUAUAUUGUGGUAGAAAGGGCAAUAGAGGAUAAAAUUAAUUGAGUUCUCUCUUCGAGGUCACAAUAGUUACAUAGUCUUUCCUCUUCCAUUUCACCACAAUCCGACCUGUUUCAAUACACAGAGACAAUAUCCCUUAUAUUACCUGUUUCAAUACGCAGAAACAAUAUCCCUUAUAUUACCUGUUUCAAUACGCAGAAACAAUAUCCC